AAAAAUGAAUCACAUACAGGCCUAUGUAAAACGGAUGAUUCGAAUCGUCCCUGUCCCUCAAUCUGAGGCUGAGGUUACUCCAGGAGUUUAUCUACGAACCCGGACGGGACAUACUUCCGCCUUCCCCUCCGGACUGGCCUCCGCGAAACGGAGAGUUUUGCUGCUUUUCUUCAUGUUUCCUCCCAGAUAAGGCCCAACAUGAGCGAGGGACAGAUCAUCUGCCGCGGGUGGCUGCGAAAGUCACCGCCUGAGCACAAGAUCGGCCGUGCGUCGUGGAAGAAGCGGUGGUUCGUGCUGCGGGAAGGGCGACUGACGGGCGACCCGAAUCUGCUGGAAUAUUACAAACGUGACAAUGCCAAGAAGCCCAUCGCUGCAAUCAACUUGGACCAGUGUGAGCAGGUCGACGCGGGACUGACGUUCGAGAAGAAGGAGUUCGUAAAUGCGUACAUUUUCGACAUCGUGACGCCGAAGCGGACAUACUUCCUUGUGACGGACUCUGAAGCAGAGAUGAACCACUGGGUCGGCUGCAUCUGCCAAGUCUGCGGCUUCAACUGCACCAAUGAUGAGAAUGAUACUGGUAACCUGUCUAGUUCGCAGUCCUCAGUGGAGGCCCCACCCCCCAGGCCCCCCAAACCCGUCACCUCCUCACCCUCCGUCAGCCGGGGGUCUCCUGCCAGCGUUCAUUCUGGGUCGUCAUCUAGUGCCAGGGGCUCUCCCAGACAGGCCAGCAGGGCUAGCCCACAGACAGGUAAAGGGUCUCCCAGGUCCAAACUGUCCCACCAGAAUGGGUCAGCAGGCUCGCCCAGACCCAAGCCCACCCCUCGGACCCUGAAGCAGCCACCAGUGAUGCCACCAGUAGAUAACGGGGAGCAGUACUUUCCCCUGACUGAGUGCACUACUGGAGAUCCUGAAAACAGGGAUGUCAGGUCACCUGCUAAGCAAUCUCCAAGAAGUGCCAGGACGGAGUCUCGCAAGAGAGACAGCUUCCCCGACAUGCCCCCACCCCUACCCCCCACAGAGUACAAUGUCCUCCCCCACUCCAAGCCAGCCAAAGCCAUGACCAACGGCAAUGCGGACAACCUGGAUGUCUACAGUGUUGUUCCACCUCCGAGACCAGUGACCCAGAUUUCCCUCUGCUCCAACCCAGAAGAAAAUUACGACCUUGUUCCACCUCCCAGACCUGCGAGACAAGCGUCUUCAGUCUCCACGGACGGGGGAGAGGCGUAUGAUAUGGUCCCGGCGCGAAGACUGACCAACCAAAUGUCUGUUGGGUCGCAGCAGGGCGACGUCUACGAUGUGGUUCCUCCAACUAAAAUUAGCACCCAACUUUCUAAUCAGUCGUCAUGGUCGUCACAGCAGGAUAUGUAUGACACUGUUCCACAUCGCAAACUCGCCACCCAAUUGUCUACACAUUCCAGCACAGGCGAAGAGUACAAUACACUGCCAUCUGCAAACAUGGCUCCAUCGAAUAUGGGGAUAGACUUUGCACAGGACUAUCAAGUUCCCACUGCAACCCAGAUGAUGAGAAUGAACUCAGUCUAGCAACUACCAAUACCCAUAAGAAACAGAAGUGGGUCAGGACUU